GUGAAGAAGAAGAAAGUGAAGAAUAUGAAAGUAAUGAUAACGAAACUUUAUCUCAGACUAAUUUGGUUUUGGAAGAAACUGUUAAUUUAAAGGACCCGAUCUUCCAAGAAAGAGAUAUUGAACUAUACGAAAAUUUGAUUUAUAGCUCUAAUCACAGCAUUGAAAGCAGCAAUAGUAUUAAUAUGGAUUUUAAUCCGGAGAAUCUUGUUGACUCGAUUUUGAAUACUGAACUAGAUGAUUAG